UCACACCCGAAUCUGAGACAUUCCCUGCACGCCGAACCACCACGAGGGCAUAUGUAACACCCCCCUCGUGAGCCGCAUAUUGCUCAUACAACCUACCUACCUCCUACCUCCUGACCUUCUUAUUCCUCAUAAUCUUCAUAAUCCUCAUAUAAGAAGCCUACAAUUUGUAGCCAAGCUCCCAUUAUAGGGAGUCUUCUUCUUGGCCCAUCAUGUCCAAAACCACGUUAGCCGUCAUCGCAGCCGCAAGUGCUGGAGCCGGCGCUGCUAUAACAGCCACCAUGUACUCCCUAAGAUCCCAAUCCGAACGCAAGAUCGAUUCUAUAUCUACCAGUAACACCACCUCCAAUUUACCAACUGCCCCGACACCGAUACCUAUUCCCGCCAAGCAAAUCUUCACCCCCAACCAAGAAGCAAUCCAGACCGGUUACUCGACCUCGGCUCCCCCAGUUCUAGGUCCUGUAGACCCCUCUGGCCUUUUCGAAUAUGGCUUCCCAGGUCCCAUCGCCGAUGUCGCAACCCGGCAAGCCCUGGUCUCCUCCUACGACCGACGCCUGCGCAACCCCCACUGGGUCGUCGAGCACAUCACCCCCGCCUCUCUAGCCCUGCGCGACGGCGACCGCAAGCACAGCGUCUUCAUAGAAGACGAAGGGGUCCCUGACAAGUUCCGCGCGCACCUAAAGGACUACUUCCGCUCCGGCUACGACCGCGGGCACCAAGUCCCCGCCGCCGACGCCAAGUGGAGCCAGACGGCGAUGAACGAGACCUUCUACCUGUCCAACAUGUGCCCGCAGGUCGGCGAGGGCUUCAACCGGGACUACUGGGCGCACUUCGAGGACUUCUGCCGCGGCCUCACGAGGCGGUACCCGAGCGUGCGCAUCGUCACCGGCCCCCUGUACCUGCCGAAGCGCGACCCGGCCGACAACAAGUGGUACGUGCGGUACGAGGUGAUCGGCAACCCGCCCAACGUCGCCGUGCCCACGCACUUCUACAAGGUCAUCUUCGCCGAGGACGGCCGCGCCGGCGGCAACGUCGCCAUCGGCGCCUUCGUCCUCCCCAACGCCCGCAUCCCCAACGAGAAGCCCCUCGCCGACUUCGAGGUCCCCAUCGAGGCCGUCGAGCGCGCCAGCGGCCUCGAGUUCGCCGCUAAGCUCCCGCCUCAGCGCCGCAAGCGCCUCUGCACUGAUACCACUUGCGCGCUGGUUAUUCGCGAAUACGCGGACCGGCAAAAGGCCUUUGCCAAGCCGGAGAAGCGCUAAGCCGCUUUAGUUUGCAACGUUGGAGGAGGACACGUACAGUAGUACAACCAAGUCGGUUACGUCCACUUCUCGGUGCUGGCCCAGCCGGUCGGUCAGGUGCUUUUAACCUACAGGUAGCCAAUUCAAUGUUCCUCGCGAUAAAAAUGUAUGUAAGCUAGAGAGAAAGAAAAGAAAAGAAAGAAAGAAAGAACACCCUAAAAUUCUAGAGGAAUGAUAGAUGCUAAAAAAACCAUUUCUGCCAUCUAGAUCCCUACCUACCUACCUACCUACCACGGUAUCUAAAGGACGAAUCAUCGAUAGACAUAUACAUACCAUACGUACAUAACUUUGCUUUAUAAGCCAUCUGGCCUAAACAUGCCGAUCACAUACACGGGAUACUGCAUAUAGGGGGUUACGGCGAAUACAUACUCAAGGGUGGGAAAGGGGGGCUAAUCAUGCUGAGCUGAUAUGAAUAGAUGAUAUAUAUAUAUAUACAUAGGGACAUACGCCUUGCAUUUGCAUAUGGAACUCAAUAUCAUAUACAUACAUGUAGUUAUAUGCUAUUCAGGUAUUCUUGUAUUUAUUGGUACACGGUGGAUAUAUUGGAUGCUUAAUACAAUACAUACCUACUAGUGUUAGAUACUACUAAGGCAGAUGCCACGUAUGAGUACCAAGAAGAUGGAU